AUGAACUGCAACCAAGGAAAGCCCACCGGGCAUCUCCUUGCUAGCAAGCCUUCCUCUGCUUUCUCGACGACAUCUUCCGCGGCGUCGGCGACAUCAGUGGGGACUUCGAGGAGCGGAGGGAGUCGACUGCUGUUUGGCGAGAUCGAUACCAGUAGUGACCGAUCCUCCGGCCUCUACGCAUCAGUCUGCAGCUUCGUGCUCUGCGACAGCAGCACUUUCCUCAAGUUCUGGCUCGAAGACAAAUGCCGCGACACCUUCCUCUCAUGCGUCCCGAAAGAAGACCUCGCGAGUCUGCGACUUGCAUGUCACGACUUCAGUGUACGAGCAGCGCCGGCGCUGUUCAACGACCUUGCGAUUACGUUUCGAGCGAGCACGUUCACCCGGCCGGCCAGACUGGCAGCACUGGACCGACUGGGCUUUUACGUCAAGACGUUACGGUUUAAUGUACCACAUUCGCCCGAGACUUUUCUUCCACCGCUUGUCGACCCGGAGACUGGAGCGGAGUUAAGCUUCACAUACACGCCGCAGAUUGAGGCGUCGACAGCGAAACGGCCGAAGUAUGGAGACAUUGGAACGACUGAGAUUCUGACCCGGCAGUGGCCUACCCUCUUCCACGCGGCGACCAAUGUGCCGGCCUUCAUCCGCGCCUUUUCCGCCUUUGUCAACUUGUCGCACUUGAAGGUCAGCUGCCCUGGCUACAAUCAGUCUCAACAGUAUCGCCGAAGCACGGUCGACUUCGCGCUCAUCUCCCUUCGCAUUGCCGUGGAGCAGAACAACCUCAACGCGCUGGAUACGUUGACCCUUUCGCCAAUCCAUCCCGGAGGCAUACUUCACCUCUCACCCAUCCUCGGCUACGGCGCAACACCUCGAUCAUCACGACGAUGGUCAAGAAUCAAGAACUUGACACUGCACGUCGUCAAACCACGCUCAUCGCCAGCAGCCGACGAGCCAGACCACUUCAAGCUUCUCCAAACCUACAUCCGUAAUUUUCAAUCUAAUCUCACAACCUUCAAAUUCCGAUGGAUCGGCUCGAAGGGCCUGAUACCCAUUCAUCGGCAGCGUCAACCUUUCGCACUGACAGAGGAGCAUCCUGCAUCGCGAACUGGCAGCGACCACGAACCGCCUGCAAAACGCAGAGCAUUGCCGCCACUGCACUUCCCAAAGCUCCAGCACGCAGAGUUCGAGAACUCGAAAGCUGCUGCGGACGACAUCGCCCACUUCUGCGCGGCGCACAAGCGCACCAUCGAGGAGCUCAACUUUGACGAUGUCGAGCUGACUUCAGGCACGUGGGACGAGGCUCUUGGGCCGGUGACGAAGCGACAACAUGCUUCGCGUCGGAGUGAGGACACCGCGGAUAUCCCGAUCAUGCUGUCACCAACUACUCGCUUGCCUGCUGUGAUGGAGCGGCUGGAGAUCACAUCGCACCAGGAGAGUGGGAAUGGGAGGAAGAGUCUGAGGAUGUCGCGAUGGUUGUCCAAAGGGAGGAAAGCGAAGGCACCACCUCCCACGCCGUCAAGUAGACCUCACGUACCGGCCACCAGGCCUCCUGUCCUAUCGAGCAGGAGGCCGAAAGACGGACUCCUGGGAUCGGAAGGGCAGCUGCGGCGAGCGUUGAGAGGAGGCAUGGCUGCGUGGCGCGGAGGGUGA